AUGCUGCCCGGGGGGGCUACUGCGAUUGGAGUAUCUGCCUUUCCAGACCUUUUCAUACAGUCAUUGUUUAAGCCAGGUGCUAAGAUCAACCAGGACCACAAACAUAAAUGUAUUCACAUACUGGCAUAUGCAGCUAGUGUAGUAGAGAUGUGGAAAAAGGACAAGAGUGUCAGCAUAAACAUGGAUGAACUCAAGUCAACUUCAAAAGCCAUUGAAACUCUUCACAAUCUGUGUUGCGAUGAGAACAAAGGAGCAUCAGAGUUGGUUGCAGAACUGAGCACUCUUUAUCAGUGCAUUAGGUCCCCAGUGGUGGCAAUGGGUGUAUUAAAGUGGGUGGACUGGACAGUGUCAGAACCACAAUACUUCCAGCUGCAGACUGAUCACACUCCAGUUCAUCUGGCAUUAUUGGAUCAGAUCAGUACAUGCCGUCAGCUGCCUCGUUUCCAAGUUCUACAACUUCUUGUCAAGCUCUUCGAAACAGAACAUUCACAGCUUGAUGUAAUGGCGCAGCUGGAAUUGAAGAAGACUCUCUUGGAUAGAAUGGUGCACUUACUCAGUCGAGGAUAUGUCCUACCUGUUGUCAGCUAUAUCUGCAAAUGCCUGGAGAAGCGAGAUACAGGUAUCUCUCUCAUCAGAUGUUUUGUUACAGAGGUUCUGGAUGUGAUUGCUCCUCCAUAUACCUCCUACUUUGUACAGCUUUUUCUUCCAGUCUUGCAGAAUGAAAGUAUUGCAGGUACUAUUAAAAUAGAAGACGAACAUGAUCCUACCACUGAGUUUAUAGCUCAUUGCAAAUCUAACUUUAUUAUGAUGAACUAA